AUGUUGCAGGUUUCUGACUCCAGCUUGAUUGACUGGUUGAAUUUCACUGUAUUUUUAAAUGCUUGGAGCUUGAGUUCCAAUACUUUUGUGGAUCCAGAUGGAGAUGGAUGUAGGCCUCGAAUUUGGAAUAUCGUAGAUUAUUUGCUGGAAAAGUAUAUUUUAGAGAAGAUUAGGUCCAUAGAGCCUCAGCUCUGCUCUCCUUGGAGUGGUAUUGAACUUCUGAUGCAGUUAGUUACAGAACCUUUGGCGUGGCAUGGACUUGUAAUCCAAUCUUGUUUGAGAUCCUGCUUUCCGUCUGGUAAAAAGAAAAAGAAAAGUGGAUCAGCUUAUCAGUCUAGCUCAAAUAUGGCUCAUGCGAUAACAGACUCUGUGGUGCAUUUAUCUCAUGUAUUGGAGGACGUUAUGAAAUGGAUUAGUGAAUGGAGGAGAAAACUUGAAGAUGAGAAUUUGGAGAACAUUUUUUUUCUUCUUAAGAAAGAAGGGCAUAAUGAUGGUCCGGGGAAGGUCUUUCGCACGUUAGAAACAUUUAUUUCCUCUGUGGACGACGUUGAACUUGGUGAUCAUCUCUCCCCACCUCUCAAGUCUUGGAGUCCUGCUGAUGUUCCCAUGAAAAUGAUGACUGGGAAGCUAAAAGUACUGAUGGAAUUUUCAGCCAUCUGUGCCUCAAAAUUGAAUUUGUUACAGUCUAUGAAACAGCGGAUAGCUCAACUGUGA